AUGGCCGAUAUGCCCCAGGGCUCAGGAUCCGCUGUGCCUGGGUCGAGCAAUGCGCCCACCAAGAAGAAGAAGACCCAUCGCGGCACCAAGGGCAAGAGAAAGAAGGACAGAAGAAAGUCAUUCGCUGUCCAAAACGACGAUAUAACUCAAGAUGAGCCCGUCGCCACUGGCCCCAACCCCAGCAGCUUCUAUGCCCAAGACCGCAACCUCAGUGGUACGAGUCUUGAUAGCGAGGCCCUGCUCGACCACAGAGAUCAGCCGCGCUUCAUGCGACCUCGGCGAAGCUCAACAGUUACUCAGAUGCACAACCCCCCACCACCAUCACAUAGCAACAACAGACUCCGGACCGUCCGCGAUGGAAGUCCUGCAGAAGAGGAGGAGGACGAGGCCAAUGGGGAUGAGAGGGCUCCCCUUUUGUCCGCCUCUGGCCGUAUGCGCUCCGAGCCAGCCAUGACCUUUCAGGGGUUCGGCUCGACUGAUACCAGGAAGGAUCGACCAGCGAGUCGACGCGAAUCGAGCAGGGCGAGCGGCAGAAAGGACUUUAGGAACCCCCCUUUCACUCCUGGUGGCGCCGAACGUUACGACAUCAACUACCCACCAUCGAUGCCCGGGUCUCCAAGGCUUGGGGGUCUGGAAAGGGACUUGAGGUUCGAGGAUGCCAUGCUGUUGGAUGAGCUCAACUCUCCUCACGACGAAGGUAGCUUCAUGGAUGACUUGUUGCGCUCGCCCUCCAGUCAGCAGGGUCCAACAAGUCCGUAUGAGCGACGGCACACUUUCUCCUACCAGGCCGAGGGUGAUGUUUGCUUCCCACAAGAGGGCAUGUCGGAGCUGGCGGACGACGAGGUUCGUGAGAUGCGCGAGCAACGCGCACGCACCAGACGGAGAAAGAAGAGAUGGCCUGUUUUAUCAGUCCUUGACGAAUGGAGCCGGCUCGAGAAAGAAGGUCGUAACGAGGAACGAAGGACCAAGAUGAUCACAGAGCCUCAAUUAGUCAAUGGCAGGUUGCGUCCUGUCCACAAAGGCUGGUUCCAGCCCGAAGAGGAUGCGCCGUACCGCUUCACGUACUUCAACGAAGAGUUCGACAGCACCAUCCACAGCUCCACAAUCUCCGAGCUAGUGCAAGCAGAGGGGCAAGGGGCCAACUUCCGGGAGCUCUUUGUGCCGGACAGACCCAUCCUAGAAGACUCCUCGGAAUCCGAGAGCGAGGACGACGAUGCUCAACAGCAGGCUACUAUCAUGCGGAGGACAUUGAGCGGUCAAAAUGGCGAAUCCAAGGCUCCCACACGCCAGGCCUCUGUGGCCGCAAGUAUCAGGGGAAGCUCAGAAGCGACCCGAGACGAGACGCUGUCCCCAAAGGCCACUCAGGAGAGUCAGCGCAAUCCCAGACAAGCAUAUGGUGAUGCCACUCCUUCGCAGCCGAGAUCGGUGACAUCUGCCCCGCCAAUCAAUGAGGUAAAACCUGUUCGGUACGGGGAGCGACCGGUCUGGUGGCUCGACAUUAUGUGCCCAACGGAUGCCGAAAUGCUGGUUCUACGGCGGGCUUUUGGCAUCCAUCCGCUCACAGUUGAAGACAUCAUGUUACAGGAAGCACGGGAGAAGGUCGAACUGUUCCACAACUAUUACUUCAUCAACUAUCGUACCUUCAACCAAGACGCGACCAGCGAGGAGCAUCUAGAGCCUGUCAACUUCUACGUUAUCGUCUUUAGGGAAGGCGUCCUGAGUUUUCAUUUCUCUCCGACCCCUCAUUCGGCUAAUGUCCGGCGCCGAAUUCGAAUGCUGCGAGACUUCAUGGUCCUCUCGUCGGACUGGAUCUCGUACGCGAUUAUUGACGACAUUACCGACGUUUACGGCCCUCUCAUCCAGAACAUUGAGGAGGAGGUUGAUGAAAUUGACGCUGCUAUCGUGAGACUCCAUGCAGAGGAAGACCCAACGAGUAAAGAGAAACCAAAGGGCGAAAAGUCUCACCAUGAUGCGUCCAAGUCCGAAGCAGGGGCUACAACCUUCGACUCCGGCGGAGAUAUGUAUCGCAGGGUGGGCGAGUGUCGCAAGAAAGUCAUGGGGCUCUAUAGGCUGCUUGGAAACAAGGCAGACGUCAUCAAGGGCUUCGCCAAACGGUGCAACGAGCACUGGGAGGUCGCGCCCCGCUCGGAGAUCGGACUGUUCCUGGGCGACAUUCAGGAUCACAUUGUGACCAUGACUGGCAAUUUGAGUCAUUAUGAGAUGAUUCUAGCCAGGUCACACCAGAACUACCUUGCCCAGAUCAACAUCCGGAUGAACGAGCGUGCGGAGCAGACUGCCGACGUUCUCGGGAAGCUCACGGUGCUCGGAACCAUCGUCCUGCCAAUGAACAUCAUCACGGGCCUGUGGGGCAUGAACGUGUGGGUGCCCGGGCAGGAGUACGAGGACGACCUGACUUGGUUCUGGUGCAUCACGGCCGGGCUCGUCCUAUUCGGCCUGGCAUGUUACAUGAUCGCCAAGAGAGUCUACAGGAUCGUGUAG